CUUAUAUCAAACACAGCAGGGAAAACGACAACUAGUUCAGUCAUUCCAACCUGACCCCUGUUUAGGCAGAAAUGGCGUCCAUUCAGGACUUGGAUACUCCCUUAGUGGAAGAAGACAAGUUUCCGCCUGAAGGCACCACACCCGACAGAGUGAUAGUCCUUUUUGGUGGCACUGGUGUUGGCAAAUCCACCGUUGGCAAUGUGCUUGCUGGACGACCAAACCUCUUUGCCGAGUCAUCUGACACGAAGAGUGAAACGAAAGGCAUCAACUCCAAACUGGUGUAUGUCCGACACCGGGGAGAACAACGGUAUGUGCUGAAAAUCAUCGACUCAAUGGGUCUAGGCGACACCGAAUCUGGCGACCAUGACAUUUCUACUUUGUAUCAGCUCGCCAGACUUGUGACAGGAUGUAAAGGCGGCAUUCACCAGAUCCUCUUCAUCACAGAAAGCCGGUUCACGGAUGUCCAGAGAGAAUGCUUCGAGCUAAUGCAACGAGUGAUCUUCACUGAAGACGUUCUCCGUUUCACCUGUGUUGUUCGCACGUUCUCCGAGCAUUUUGAGGAAUCAAGCCAGGAGGUCAAAGUGCGUGACGACCUUCGCGAGCAAUCAGACAUGAUGAAGAAGAUCAACCGCUUUAUUCUCGUUAACUGCCCGCCGACUACUCGGGAGAAGACUCGCGAACUGCACGAGGAAGACCGACGUCUUUCACGUGUCAAGCUGCUGGACCACAUCAUUCUGGGGUGCAAAGAGAUAUUCAACCCGGGUGACCUCAAAGACGCCAAUGCGAGGGUCGGCGCAUAUGUACAAAGUGAGAGUAAACUGCAACGCGAGGUUGACGAAGCCAAACAGGAAAUCGAGAAACUCAAGAAAGAGAUCGCUGAAAAGCAACAAUCAGCUGACUGCAGCAUAGCCGCAUUGACGACGGAGAUGUCUGAUCUCCGUGCAGAUCUUGCCAGCAAGAUGGAUAUGCGCAGCGAGGAGCGCGAAGAGGCAUCUGCUCAGCUAGCAGCGGCUCUCGUAGAAUCACAGCAGCUUCAAAUAUUCGUGAACGAGGAACAGGCGCGUUCCGAGGAAGAAAUAAAGAGGUUACAAGCUGAGGCGGACCAAGCGACCGAAAAAAUGAUUCAGGAGAUGAAAGCAGUUGAAGAUGAAAUGGCGGAGAAAAUCCAACGAGAAGUAGCUGAUUCCCGCCAGAAGUUCGAGAAAGCGUAUCGCAGCAUGGGAUUGUGGAAGAGGCUGCUUGGCCGUUUGCCAAGGGUCGACUGAUCAUAACAGGCGCUGCUCAGGAUAUGGCGUGUGUCCUGGACCUGGUCUUCCAGGCUAGCUACAAGUACAAGUGCUGCGGGCGGUGGCCAACAAUAAGCAUUCAUUUGUAGCUCCACUGUAAUAAUAGCUGUACUUGUCUUUGUUCGGUAUGUAUGUCACAGCCAGUGCACGACGUCCCAAUACUGUACGUUGAAAUAUUGGUUGGACAGCGUUGCUCAUCAUCUCUCCUCUUCUACACAACACCAUCGUUCUGGUCUCUCUCCCCCCCCCCCAGGCCCUUUGAUCACCACUUUGACCAGUCUGCAAAAUCACCUCUUUUACAGCUAGCUUUCUGAUGUUUUGUGCUACAGUGUACUCAGAAUUUAUAAUAGCUGUAUGGAGACAUGACGAUUAUAAUAAUUAUAGUUUAUGCUAUCUGUUCUGCAUCCACGUCACCACCACCAUUGCGCUCUGCGGCCGACCAGGAACAUUCCCCUCGAAUACUAGUAGUGGACGCAGAAUUUUCAAGCCUCGGACCGACCGAGUGCUGCUGCUUACGUUCUUGUUAUGCUAUCUGUUAUCAGAGUCAAUGUAAACUGUCAGGAAAAAUGAAAAGUGAAAAUAUCUAUCAUCAUAGAUUAUAAGA